UUCAAGUGUCUGUCAUUAUUCUGUCAGUAUGGAGCUCAGUCAACUUCCUCUUGUGCUCUUGCUGAUUUCAAACAUCCACUCUGAACACACUGAAGACUAUCCUAAAGCCAGUGUGAGGAUUACUCCUGAUCUGCAUGUGUUCAGAGGAGAGUCAGUCUCUAUCAGAUGUGACAUUAAUGCUGAAGGAGUCUCUAGCUGGCUGUACGGCUGGUAUAAAGAAGGUUUAGAUGGUGCAUUCAGUGGUUUACAGGAAUACACAAUAAGGUCUGUUACUGAGUCUGACGCAGGUAAAUACUCCUGUAACGGCACUGAGAGUAAAGGUUCACGCAGAUCACAAAUGAGUGAUGCAGUUGCACUGACAGUAUCAGACAGACCCCAGACAGCUUUAAGUGUUUCUCCACAGAACUGGUUGACUGAAGGAGAUUCAGUGACUCUGAUCUGUGAGGUUGACGGCUCUUCUACAGGCUGGACAUUCAACUGGUACAUGCUAAUGCUUUCUGACAAUCGUUAUCAUCAUAAACCUCUCUCAGACAGCAGUAGAGGAGCUGGAGGAAAAUACACUGUCAGUUCUGUUGCUCUAAAACACACAGGAGUUUAUUUGUGUGAAAUAGAGAGAGGAAAACCAACAUAUAAAACUUACAGCAACACACUGCCACUGUGGGUCACUGCAAGUGUUUCUCCUCCAGUCUCUCUGGUCAUCAGUCCCAGCAGAGCUCAACACUUUGAAGAUGACUCUCUUUCUCUGAGCUGUGAAGACAAGAGUAACUCUACUGGAUGGAGAGUCAGAAGAUACACAGACAGCAGGCAGAUGAGUGAUUGUUCAUCACAAACAAGAUCUACAUGUACAGUCAGCCUCACCACAUCAGACACUGGAGUUUACUGGUGUCAGUCUGAAUCUGGAGAGAACAAUAAUCCUGUUAAUAUCACUGUACAAUCUGGUGUGAUUCUGGAGAGUCCUGUUCAUCCUGUGACUGAAGGAGAUACUCUGACUCUACACUGCUUAUAUAAAUCUACAACUCCAGCAAAGCUCAGAGCUGAUUUCUAUAAGGAUGGAUCACUCGUACAGAAUCAAACCUCAGAGAUGAUCAUCACUGCUGUCUCAAAGUCACAUGAGGGUUUCUACUACUGCAAACACACAGAAGGAGAGUCACCCAAGAGCUGGAUCUCAGUCAGAGUGUCUGGUUCAGCAUCUCAGAUCUCUGUCUUCAACAUACUCAGUUCUGGUCUGGCAGUUUGUCCAUAUCUGCUAGUGACAGUUGUGCUGAUUGUCAAAUGCUGUAGAAUGAGAGGAAACACGACUGAAUGAUCUAUUUUUAGUCACUGUAAUCAUUACUGAGGGCUGAGUUAUUAAGUGAUUCAGUACUGUAAAGAAACCCCAGUGAAAAUAUUAAGGGCAUUGCUGUUCAUUUAUUUAUUUUUUUAAAUGUGAUUACAGGUACCCAGUUACACACUGUAAACAAAUCUAACCUUUCUGUAUUAAUCAAUUAAAUUCAUGAGAAAAAAGAGAAGCAGAAUAAUUAUUAUAUUUUGGUAUUCAGAUGUUUUGCAGAGUAAUUCCAUUAAUUGCGAAGAUUCAUUGGGAUUUUGUGUAUGUUUUAGUCAUAGAGGUCAGAAAAACAGUUUAAAUAUGACAUUCAUGAUGUAACUAAUUUGUGUACUCCAACUGCAAACAUGCUUUACUGACCAACAGUGUAAACAUUAUUAUAAGUAAUGUUAUGUAUUAAACUAAAUCUGGAAAAAUAAAAACAAACAGAAAAUG